UGAAGGUUUCCGAGAAGUGUGCUGAUUUCUCCCGGAUGCUGCGGCUCGGCGAGCGGCUCGGCGCUGUUAGAGCUCGGCUCAUGGAGAGACACGACGGGUUUAAAUCAUGUCACACCGGGCUGCAGGCUGACGUUAGGUGGAAGUCAUUUUUUUUUUAUCCUUUGAUGCAGUAAACAUUUGGUUAGCUUCAGAGCUAAAGCUAAUAGAGUGUGCAGUAUGGCCCUGUUUUUACCCUGGAUGUGACGUCAUUUAACGCUGUGCGAGAGGCAACAUGAGAGCCGUUAGAGAUGUGAAGCGUCCUGCCAUGAGAGGGAGCGCGCGCUGAGGGCAGGGAGGUGUCCCGGGUGUCCCCGCUGUCCCCGCUCUCAGCUGCUAUGGAUCAUGUGUACACUCUGCUCACGCUGUUUGUGCCAUGCUUAGUGUUGUGUGGUCGCGUCCCUGCACCGGUCAACCUCACCAUGUUUUCACAAAACCUCAUUCACCUGCUCACGUGGGAGCCCGGACCGGGGGCUUCCAAAGAUCUGCUCUACAACGUCACCUUCUGCUUCUAUGGGUGCAAUGCAGAAUGGAAGACGGUGGACGGUUGUGUAGCAGUGAGUCACCCGCAGUGUAACCUAACAGAUACUUUUACCAAUUUGAAGAAUACCUACUAUAUUAACGUUACCGCCAUCUCAGAAACUGAUCGGUCCACCCCCGUGGCCUACCCUUCGUUUAAACCACUCGAAGACGGUCUCCUGGAGCUUCCAUCCCUGCGAGUUUCACCAUGUAACAAGACCCUGUGUGUGUAUCUUCAGUCUCCAUCAGAAAGACUUCGCUCGGUUUAUCAUACGUUCAAGUACAGGCUUAACGUCACCUUCGAGAAAGGAGCUCCGGUGUUCCAGAAGACCGAGGGGUUGAACACUGUAUAUCUAGAAGUGGCGCCGGGACUGGAGUACUGUGUGUCUGUGAACUUUACUGAACAUAAAGCUGUCGCGGGUAAACCGGCCGUGUGCGCUUCUGUACCUGCAGCGGAGAACAACAUGGAUGCCGUUAUCUCUGUGAUGUUGUCUCUGCUGGUGCUGGGGAUGGGGCUGCUCAUUGGUCUGAUUGUUCUUAAAAGGUUCCUAUGCUUAGCACCUCUACCGUUAGUUCUGAGCUCCUUUAAGCCCCCGUAUCCCUGGCUUCUUCUUCAGCCCUCUGUGGAGUCUCUCUACUGCAUUUCAGUGGAGCCCAAGGCAUACAGAGAAGUUCAGGUGAAUGAAGAGGUGGACCAAGAGAAAGAGGAUGAGGUGGUGGCAUACGAGGGGCGAGGGGGUUGUGAAGACGUUGCGUGUCCUGAAGAAGUCUCAGGAGAAACACAAUCUUCUCUUUUGAGUUCCCCAGAGGCCCCGUAUGAGCCUACUCGUAACCCGAGCACCGAAACGUGCCCACUUGAUUCCAUAACCCUUUUAAAGGAGCACAUGUUAGCGCCAGACAUGGGGACACCUCACAGGGAGGAAACAACUCCCCAAAAUACAACUCAUGCAACACACCUUUUACCCCUAACACCAACCCAAGAGCUUGAAAAGAACGACUUGGCCUUGACCAGGCAUCAAAGAGGAGAUGACCUCAAGCAGGAAGAUGAGGAGGACGAAGAGGACAAUGACGAUGUUAAUUUCUUUUCAUUGACCCUGGGAAGUCAAAAUUCAAAACAGGAAAAGACCGAGACAGAUGAGAACAUGGAGAAUGAUGUGAAACUAUGGAAGCCUGAGGUCCCCUUAAUUGUGUUAGGGCCACCAGAACCUCUCCUGGACAUUCAGCCCAUUCAGGACAUUCAGUGUUCUGAGAGCACAAACUGUCUCACUUCAUACUCUGAGGAAGAGGAAGAAGAGCAAGAGGAUGGUAUGGAGGAAGAGGAAGCUUUCUCUGGAUAUAUGAUGCGUGAAAAAAAAAACACAUUUCUAUAGGACAAAAUAUUUCCUGUCUGUGAGCAGCCGCACUGCCACACGAUGCCAGUUACUGGAAUCCAACUACCACAGCACUUGAUUGGAGACUGAACAGUAUUGUUUCGUUAAUUGAGUCGUCUUCAGUAAGUGCCUUAUUCUCGUCGUGGUCACGGUGAGUUCGGGGGGAGGUGUUCUCAGACGACCGGAUGUGAGGGUGUAAAAAGAAAAAACACACUUAACACAGAAUUGAGUGAACUGAUGCAAAUCAAGCUCGGGGUCAAAAACCAGGAAUCUUGGGGUUGGGUUUCUGUAAGGGCUGUGGAAAAUUGCUAUUUUUUAAAAAUUGUAUAUAUAUUUUUUUUUACCUUUUUAAAAAAAUUAAAUAACUAACUAAAUGGUGUUGCCAUAGAUCAUGAGUUCACACGUUGAAGGAAGAUGCUGCCUUCCAGUUAAUUUAUUAACUCAAAAAAUUACAAAUCAAUCAUCUCUAAUCGAAAUGUGUUAUGACGUACAACAGGUUCAUAUAGUAUUCAUACAGUGUCCAUACCAUAUUGUGUUGUAGGUUACAUUUAAAACUGAUAGAAGGGCCUUUUUUUUAACCGUCAAUUUACAGGCAACGACAAUGUCAACAACUUUUUUAUUUGCAAAUUAAUUCAAGAAAUCUCUUUGUUUUGGAAAAGUAUUCAGACACUUUGUUCAGUAUUUAAAGGUCACAUGUUUUGCUGUCUCUUUUAACAAGUUAUCACAGGUUUCAGAGCUCCCAUUAACCCAUGUGUAGCAGGGGAUCAGGCGUAGCUCAGUGGUUAAGGCGUUGGAUUGUCGAUCAGAAGAUCCCAAGUUUAAACCCCAGCACCCCCAACUUAUAUGGAAAAUGGCCAUAAAUUCAAAAUGGGGUCAUCUGUAAAGGCCUUUUACUUUGUACUAUUGAAAACAGUACAACAUAACAAUAUUUAAUGAUUUACCAUUUGUUGAAAAUAUGCACUCAUUUUAAAUCUGCUUGUGUCUGUAACAUGCUCCAAAAAAGGUUUAUAAACAUGUAACAUCACUAUUUUUGUUUAUAACUCUUUUGGGGCCAUUUGGGCACUGGGUAUUUCACCUUAUUUUUCAAUUGUACUGGCAUAUUUUGCACUUUAUAAUCCACAAGAUAUUCUCAAUUGAAACAGCAAUUUAUAGUGGCCAUUGGGUUCUUGGUUGGUUCUUCUAUCUCAGGUACUGAGUGGAUGGUGGGCCGGCUCUUGAAUGUGUUCGAUGUUCCAAUAUUAUGGAGUCGUGCAACUGGGAACAAGAAUUUAAAUAUGAUUUUAUGCUCAUGACCAGAUUUAUGUCUUAACGUUUGACAGUAGAUGUCUAUGGAACCUUUCUUGGAUUUUAUGGCUUGUGGGAUCUUAUCCUUACAGGUGUACAGUAUGCAUUUCUACAUCAUGUGCAGUAAAUUGAAUUUGCCAUUUGAAUUGGACUUCAGUUAAGUUCCAAAGAUGUCAAAAUAAUCACAUCAAUCAGGAUACACCCGAGUUCAGUGUGAAGUGCCUGAAUACCUGAAGCCAAGAGAGAUAUCUUUUAAAUAAGAUAGUGAAUUUUAAAUAAAUUUACAACCUUUUGAUCAAGACGUAGGUGGAGAUCUUAAAAAAGUAAGUUUAAAAAAAAAAUUGUAACACGAGGUGUGGAAUAACUCAUGAGGUUGAAAUGCCUGUGGAUUCCACUGUAGUUUAACACAUUGAGCAUUCCAUAAAACAUUAAACCAGGAGCUUUAACAGACCAAGCUUGGACAAAGGCCUGUCCAGUUUUUGCAUUAAAGUAAUAUUGCCUUGCAUUUACAAUUCUUCAGAGAAAGAUCUCCGUGUUUAAAUAUUUUAGUGUUUGCUUGAUUUGCUCUAAGAUUGUUUGCAUCAUUAAACGUUCCAUCAGUGUGGCAGUUAUUUUUUUUAAUGGUGCUAGAUCAUGAGUUCUGUAUAAUUGAAUUAUUUUCGCACAAGUUGUCUAGGAUCAUUACCUCAUUUUAGUUGUUACAGCAUUAGUUUAGUUUACAGCUCUGUAUGAAGUCAUCUACACAUACUUGGCGAGUCCCUGUUUUACCUUUAGUCUGGUUGCUUUUCAUAAUUUAAGACACUCGAUACGCGUUACACCAGAAAUCUGCGCGUAAAUAAUGAUAGUGCCACCGCUGCCGUAGCACCUUCAGCCGUGUGUGUUAUGGUGGACCCAGGAAUAUUCUGGCCUAUACAGUCUUAAAAUAUACAAAGUCAGGGGUUUUAGUUAUGUGGCAAGGGACACACUAGCUAUAAAAACUACUACUUGUCAUGGGUGAUUAUCAGAGGAGCUGUCCACUACACUUUGCCUACUGUAUAUCUGAUUAGAUCAAUAUUGCAGAUGAUUCGUGCAGAAAAGCCCUUUUACCCAGUUUUCAUGGCAACAAUGGACAAAAAUUAAAGUGUUUAAAUAUAAACUUUAGUCAACAUUUCACUAUAUUGAUCAAAAUAGCACAUCAAUAGCAAUGAUGAAUGAGCUUUUCAACAGUAUUUCAUAUUUACUGGAUAAAAUAUUACUUUUUACAGCGUUACUUAUUCUUUUCUUUGUUUGUAUGCCAGUCCUGCAAUAUGUGCCAAAUCCUGUUACCUACAUACCGUGUGUGUAUGUAUGUGUGUAUAUAUAUAUAUGUGUGUAUAUAUAUAUAUAUAUAUAUAUAUAUAUAUAU